AUGUCCACCUUUGACGAGUACCAGACCCCUCUGGUGUCUCGCUACACCAGUAGCGAGAUGCGCAAGAUCUUCACGCCGCGCCAGCGCUACACGACGUGGCGCCAGCUCUGGCUCUGGCUGGCCGAGGCCGAGCAGGAGCUGGGCGUCGACAAGAUCUCCAACGAGGCCCUCGACGCCAUCCGCGCCAACCUCGUCGUCAGCGACGAGGCCUUCAAGGUUGCCGCCGAUGAGGAGAAGCGCGUGCGGCACGACGUCAUGGCGCACAUCCACGCCCUCGAGAAGGACGCCCCGGCUGCUGCGGGCGUCGUUCACCUCGGCGCGACCUCUUGCUUUGGUAGUACGAACGCCCCGACGCUCCCCUCUCCGUCGUAUCGUCCACAUGACUUACCAUCCCAGGUCACCGACAACGCCGACCUCAUCUUCCUCCGCGAUGCCAUGGACCUGCUCCUCCCCAAGCUGGCCCGCGCCAUCAGCUCCCUAGCCAAGUUCGCCGUCCAGUACAAGGACCUCCCGACUCUCGGCUUCACGCACUACCAGGCUGCGCAGCCCAUCACACUCGGUCGCCGCGCCGCCCAGUGGCUUCAGGACCUCGUCUUCGACCUCGAGGACAUCGAGUACGUCCGCUCCGGCCUCAAGUUCCGCGGCGCCCAGGGCACGACCGGCACGCAGGCCUCGUUCCUUGCGCUCUUCCAGAACGACGCCAGCAAGGUCGACCAGCUCAAUGAGAAGCUGUGCGCCAAGAGCGGCUUCCAGGGCUGCUAUGACAUCUCCACCCAGACCUACACCCGCAAGGUCGACCUCCGCGUUGCCAACGCUCUGGCUGCGCUUGGCGCCACUGCGACCCGCGUCGCUACUGACAUCCGCCACCUCUGCCACGACAAGGUUCUCGACGAGCCUCACGUUGCUGGUCAGAUUGGCUCUUCGGCCAUGCCGUUCAAGUCCAACCCCAUGACUGCCGAGCGCAUCUGCAGCUUGGGCCGCAAGCUCAGCAACAUCUCGUCCAACUUCAGCGAGACCUUUUCGUCGCAGUGGCUCGAGCGCUCCCUCGACGACAGCGCCAUCCGCCGCAUGGACAUUCCUGAGAUGUUCUUCCUCGCCGACGCCAUCGUCACCAGCCUCGACCACGUCUGCGACGGCCUCGUCGUCUUCCCCGCCGUCAUCAACUCCCAGCUGAUGCAGGAGCUGCCCUACAUGGCCAGCGAGGAAAUCCUCAUCCGCAUGGUCAACCACGGCGCCUCGCGCCAGGUUGCCCACGAGGAGAUUCGCCUGCUGUCGCGCGAGGCCGCCUACCACGUCAAGAUGGAGGGUGGCAGCAACGACCUCAUUGAGCGCAUCAAGAGAACCGAGUUCUUCAAACCCAUCUGGGGCGAGGUCGAUGGCCUCAUGGACGCGAGGCUCUUCAUCGGCCGUUGCGCCGAGCAGGUCGAGCGUUACGCCGGCGCUGGCGGCGUGGUCGACAAGCACCUGCAAAAGUACCAGCAGUACAUUCAGUCCAGCAAGACGACGCAGCUGGCAGUAUAG